AUGAGAAUGUCAAAAGAAUUUUUUGUAGAAUCACAAGUGUCUUCUAAACAACUAAAUCAUCAAUCUGUAUCAUUAGUGAUACCAAGAUUAACAAGAGAUAAGAUACAUAGUGCCUUGUAUUAUAAGGUAAAUUUGCAAGAUCCUUCGAUGCGAGGGAACACUCUGCUUGGGCUUAAUAAUGUCAUUAUUAGAGAUUUAGGUACCUUAAAUAAUGAAUCAAUUAAUAAGAAAAAUGUCUUAGGUGGUGUGGAGUUUAAAUGUAUAUUAAUGAAAUUAGUAGAAUUACGGCCUACUAUUGAACAAUUAGAUAUCAUACUCGAAAUAUCAGAUGCAACUGGUGAAUUUAAUAAUAAAUAUAUUAUAGCCUUGAUAUUAGUCUAUUUAAGAAUACAAUACUACUAUGCCAAUGAAACGAGUGAUGAAGCUAAGAGAUUUAAAGCAUUGUUUCAGCAAUAUAUUAAUGAUUAUAGAAAAAUGAAAGCUAUUUCUCUUAAUAUUGAUUGUUGGUCACAAUCUCAAAUUAUUACAGUCGAACUUAUACACAUGGAUGAACUUGUCCACUGGUUAUCUGCGAAAGACAAUAUUUGGGGAAUACCGUUGGGGAAAUGUUCAUGGUGUAAUAUAUUAGAAGAUUUUAGUAGUGACACUAGUUCAGACUAUGAUUCAGAUAGCGACUAA